AUGAAAAUAUCAUCAUCAUCAUCAUCAUCAUCAUCAUCAUCAUCAUCAUCAUCAUCAUCAUCAUCAUCAUCAUCAUCAUCAUCAUCAUCAUCAUCAUCAUCAUCAUCAUCAUCAUCAUCAUCAUCAUCAUCAUCAUCAUCAUCAUCAUCAUCAUCAUCAUCAUCAUCAUCAUCAUCAUCAUCAUCAUCAUCAUCAUCAUCAUCAUCAUCAUCAUCAUCAUCAUCAUCAUCAUCAUCAUCAUCAUCAUCAUCAUUCGAUGUUUUGUAUUAUUCAUUUACUUGA